AUGCGGGAGCUGCUGCUUGCAUUUGGAAGGAGCUCCCCGUUGGUGUUUUCCAAGGAAACACAUAAAGUUUACAGGCAGAAACUGGAAGAAGUCACCAGCUUGCAGACAGCCUGCAGCAGCUCCAUACACCGGCAGAAGAAGACACUACGGGAUCUGAAGCGCAGCCUGCAACGGUGCAAGCCCAGAGCGAGUCCUGAAGAGUUUGCUCUCAUUCAGGAGAUCAGCACCCAGAUCAAGGAGAGGCAAAAUGCCUUCUUCGACAUGGAAGCCUACUUGCCGAAGAAGAACGGCUUGUACUUAAAUCUGGUGCUGGGAAACGUGAAUGUAACUCUCCUGAGUAACCAAGCAAAGUUCGCCUACAAGGACGAGUAUGAGAAGUUCAAACUUUAUCUGACGAUAAUCUUGUUACUCGGGGCUGUUGCCUGCAGGUUUAUUCUACACUACAGGGUGACAGAUGAAGUGUUUAACUUUCUGUUAGUAUGGUAUUAUUGCACACUGACGAUACGGGAAAGCAUUCUCAUUAGCAAUGGAUCAAGGAUCAAAGGCUGGUGGGUAUCUCAUCACUACGUCUCCACAUUCCUGUCUGGAGUAAUGUUAACAUGGCCAGACGGACUCAUGUAUCAAAUGUUUCGCAGUCAAUUUUUAGCAUUUUCAAUAUUUCAGAGCUGCGUCCAGUUCCUACAGUAUUAUUAUCAAAGGGGCUGCCUUUACAGACUCCGUGCUUUGGGGGAGAGAAACCACUUGGACCUUACAGUAGAAGGAUUUCAGUCCUGGAUGUGGCGGGGGCUGACGUUUCUCCUUCCCUUCUUGUUCUUUGGGCAUUUCUGGCAGCUUUAUAACGCAAUCACGCUUUUCAGAUUGUCGAGGCAUAAGGAGUGCAAAGAAUGGCAGGUUUUUGUGUUGGCAUUCACGUUUCUGCUGCUCUUCCUCGGGAACUUCCUCACUACUCUCAAAGUGGUGCACACUAAACUCCAGAAAAACAAAGACAAAAUGAAGAAGCUGUGA